UCCUUGACACCAACCGCGGCGACCAAGCCGACCACUGAGAUGGACAAAAAGCGCGCGCCUCCUAACAUUUCUACGGAUGCUGCCACUGAGCACGCAGCUUCUGACGGAGUCCAACCCCAAACCCCGUUAACCAGUGGCUCCUCGACGCCCACAAGGUCUCUGUCGCCUCAACGAUGGACUCCGCCCAAGGUUCAACCAUGGCUCAGAUGGGUUAUUGAACCCCUGGAGGCUUUCAAGCUUCUGUUGAUACCCGUGGUGCUAUAUCUCAACUGGGAACUGUUAACUCCACGUCUUCAAACAAUUAUUGAGCCGUGGUCAUCAACCCUUGGGCCUUACCUCCCUGAUGGUCAACUGCCGAACCCAUUCGCACCUCUAUUCCUCCUGUCAAACCCCGUCGCAUCAUCUCCACCGGACGACCCGCGCUACGCUAAGAGCUAUCUUGACCUUGUGUUCAUCGCCUAUUAUGUUGUAUUCUUCUCCUGCUUCAGGCAGCUCGUCACCGUCAACCUCUUCCGUCGUGUCGGACAUGCUUAUGGCAUCAAUAAGGAGGGAAAACUCGACAGACUUGGCGAGCAGGGUUAUGCAGUGGUGUAUUUCCUUCUCUCUAGCCUUUGGGGAAUCCGGGUUAUGUAUUCUCUGCCAAUCUGGUGGUACCAAACCAAGUACUUCUGGUUAGGUUACCCACAUUGGGAUAUGACCCCCGAACUGAAGCGUUAUUAUCUAAUGCAAAUGGCUUAUUGGUGCCAGCAGUUCAUUGUGCUCGUUUUACGUCUGGAAAAGCCGCGGAAAGAUUAUAAUGAACUCAUCGCCCAUCACAUCGUCACAUUGUGGCUGGUUGGCUGGAGUUAUCUCGUCAACCUCACUUUGAUUGGCAACGCAGUAUAUCUCAGCAUGGACUUGCCGGAUACUUGUCUAGCGUUCUCCAAAGUGCUUAAUUAUCUGCGCUUCGAGCGUGCCAAAGUAUUCAGCUUCCUCAUUUUCACUGUCGUCUGGGCGUAUUUCCGACACUACUUGAACUUCGUUAUCCUCUGGUCAGUUUGGACAGAGUUUGACUUGAUUCCGGAGCAAAGCAAGCGUUGGUUUAGGCCUGAUGGCGUUUGGCUAGUCGGGUGGAUGAGAUAUCAAGUCUUCAUCCCAUUGGUACUUCUUCAACUGCUCAACUUGUUCUGGUUCUACCUUAUUCUUCGAAUCCUCCUUCGCACAAUUCUCACGGCCACGACGGAUGACGACCGUUCAGAUGACGAGGAAGAGGAGGAACAAAAAGCUGAGCCACCCACUGAGAAAUCUGUCCCGAAACAGAGCGGACGUAUUAAGAGCAGCAAGGCAAGUAAUGGGAAACCGAAAAAGAGCUAA